AUGCGGAUAACUCCACUAGUUAUUAGUGAAUGUGUUUUGAGCGAUCUGCAUUCUCUGCCAGUUGAACUCUUGAUCAUCAUAGUCCAGCUAGUACAUGAAGAAAGCUCUCUUAAACCGCUCUCAGGAGUCAACAGGCUAUUCCGGCAAUUGUGUACGCCAAUUCUAUUCAGUAAACUUCGGAUUGCGUGCUCUACAGUUGGUCUGGACCGUCUUGCCUCAGCAUCUGAAUCUUCGAUCAGAUCACGAGAACAAGACUCUAUCAUCCGCUCCGCGCGAGAUCUCCAAGUGUUGCGUACAUCACUCCCACGCUUUUCGCGUCUUCAUUCGAUCUUACUAUGUUUUAUCAACGGCCUCAAAUCACCUUUCCAACCGCUAUCUGACAGAGUGCUUUUGGACGGUCAGUCCUUCUUUGCAGACCACGUGAAAACGCUGGCUACUGCUGUAGUUGCGGCCAGAAGACAAGGCAUUGUUAUCGACACACUAGCAAUAUCAGGUUACUAUCCAAAUCACCUCUCACCAGACUAUCACCUGUCGCAUCUUCUUGAUGAUGCUUUCGCUGAUGUUGAAGAACUACGGUUAGAGGAUAGCCCUGCACUCCUAGAAUACUUUACCCGCAAUCCCCUGCAGCAUCUCCAGAGACUCGAGUUUGGAAGCUACUGGAUGUCUGUCUUGAAACUAGAAAGAUUUGUUUACGCCCAUAAGGCAACACUUCGAUAUCUUCACCUUGAGGAUAUUUGGUACAUACACACGGAGGAUCCCACAAGUGGAAUUGACUUAUCAAUUGCAGAUACAAAAAAAGCCUUGGAGAGCAUAAGUCAUAUUCGUCAAUGGGGUAUACUGCGCGAGCUUACCAUUAACCGACAGAUCACUGGGCACUGCGAGAUAAGGGAGGUGUUUGAUAGAACAUAA